AUGGAUUUACAUGUACUUUGCUUAGAUUAUAGAGGAUUUGGUGAUUCACCUGGCUAUCCAAAUGAAGCCGGAUUAAUUGCUGAUUCUGUAAUUUUAUUUAAUUAUACGAAAAAUUUAGCAGGCAAAAAUUCUAUUUUCAUAUGGGGACAUUCAAUGGGAAGUGG